AUGGCAUACACAGAAAGACUCGCCGUGGGGUUGGCGGUAGGAGUGCCCUCGUUCCUCAUCCUCACCUUCGUGUUGAUACUAUGGCUCCGCAACCAGCGCAAACAGCGUCGAGAAGACCAGCGGGAAAACGAGUACGACUUGGGCAUCCGCGAUGACGAACUGUUUGGCCGCUUCCAGGAGGAGCUCCACCGCCCCUACCAGAAGGAGGAGCCCCAGCCUGACCCCAACAAGUCGUCGUCUACCGCCCAGGGCACCGAGUCUGCCGAAAAGCCCUACAUCUCGUCCAAUGGCUCGUCCACCAGCACCACCACCAUCGAGCACCACAACCAGUCGCUGAUCAACCCGCCCAAGUCCAGCCACACUCGGUCGCCCACCAAGAGCGGGUCUGCUUACGACUUCUACGACUCGUUCAUCCCGGUGUUGCACCCAGGCUCCACCAACCAGAACUCCUCGUCCACCUUGCAGGAGUUGGCUCCUCCCGUCCACGACGCUGAGUCCACCAACGCCUCCUCCAAUAACGUCAGCAUCCUCGGCUCCGCGCUCCCCCGCGAGAAGUCCUUGGACAACUUGGCCAAACAGCUCACCGCCCCUGCAUUCUUCGAAAAACUCCCCUCUAGAGCCGCCACUGUCUCUUUGAAGCACCGUGGCCCUGGUUCCCAGGUAAUGACCGCCAACAACUCGAGCUCCGACCUCGUCGGGUUGACCAUUAACGAACACAACACCAUCAACGACAACUUCGUUUACGAAGCACCCAAGGUGGACACCAAGGCCGACAAUGCCGCCAAAGCAAACUCCUCCACUCCUGGCGCUCUCAGCAAGGUUUUGGGGGGCCAGAUAGACAAUAGCUUCGACAAGGAUGCUGGAAUGACCAACAACUCUCCUUUCAAAGACUCGCAUACGUCUGACAUCUCCGAGGAAUCGGAGCCGGGAGUGGUCUUCCAGUGA